AUGAAGAGGAGAAUUGUUUAUACUUGCUUACCCGAAGCUUAUGGACUAGUUUACGAUCAACUGGAAGAAUGGUCCAAGCUCGACAUAGCACUGGUUAAAGUCGACCAGAAGUACAAAUUCAAGGACAGAUCGUACAUACAGUAUUGUGCGUACAUGCCAACGAAAAUUAAUGUCAACUUCGAUGUUAAGUACGAAGCAGCUGGAAGAAUGGCCAUUAUGUUGGGUUGGGGCCACUUCAUUAAAUGGCGAGAGAUCGAGGAUAAAACCGAUUACAACCAGAAUACACUUCGUUUCGCUUCGACUACGAUAUUUUCAAAGCAAGAAUGCAAAAAAUAUUUUAAUAAACCUAACCUAAGUGAUCUUAUAGAUAAUUUCAUGAUCUGCACGUACGAGCCAGGUGACCUCGAUGACAAAGGUCAAGUUAAACAUAACCGACGAAAACAUAUUAUUAAUUUAAACGACACAAUUGAAACUGCAGAGAACGACCACGGCGGUCCUCUUAUAAGUUGGGUGGAGGGCGCGGAGUACGUCAUCGGCGUGGCCUCAGUGUUCAGAGUGAAUGGCAAGUCAGAGUGCAUAGGCCCUUAUCUCUUCACGAGUACCGCUCGCAACAGGAUUUUUAUUGAUUGCGUUCUUAAUGAGAAAAAUAAUUUAAGGAGAAGUUCCAUAUGUGAUAAGCCAGCCAUUGAGAGGGGCUUCAAUAUCAUAGAACAUCACGUACCUUGGAUCGAAAAAUCUGACGGCCCUGCUCAAAAUGAGAAGAUACAGAAAAGACCUCAGAUUCCAAUCAGCAAUUAUAGAGGGUAA